GUUGAAUGAUCGCAAUAUUUUUAUUAUUGUCAAAAAUCAUGAGUAGGUACUAAAUUGCCUCGUGGGAAAAACUUCACUGUAUAUAUAGCGAAUUGAACGCGCUCUCAUGGAAUUUUCGCCAACAUGUCUACACUCAAUGUGCUAAUCAUCAUUUCUGCGCUGAUCUCUGCGGUGUUGGCCUUUUCAAGUAACAAAACCACCAGAGCAAUUAUGGACGAAUGGAAGGAGCGCACGAAGAAAGAACAUCCGGAGUGCCUAAAAUCGACGGGGGUCAAGGAGGAGUACGCGAAUAAAUAUUGGGAGUCGGUUGAGAUGGUCGACGAUGAGAAUUUAAAAUGCUACCUUUGGUGCGUGUUUAACGGAUUUAAGCUUAUAAACAAUGACGGUAGCGCCAACGAAGAGCUUGUCGUGCAGUAUAUAGAUAGAUUAACCACCGAAAUUGUGGACUUCUGCACUGCAAAGGUUGACACUAAGACCGACAAGUGCGAACGUGCCUACGAAAUGAUCUAUUGUUGCACACGUUACAAACACACUUACGUUUAAGCAGUUUUCUACAUAGUAUGUUUCGAUCAGUGGAAUGUUUAUAAUAAAGUCCAAUGAAUUUA